GCUUCUCGCGGACAUGUCGGAUCAGCCGAAGUCGCGGCCGAAAUUCGUGCUCUUCUUUUUUUUUAAUAAUCGCCAGGGAACUGUGAUUGAAACGGUAGAUUCAACAGUGUUUGGAAUUGAUUGACCUGAAAGUUGGGUGCUCGCGUUCGUCGCGAGGAUAAUAAUUGUGCUCGGAUCACCGUCAAGAAUCGUUACGUCGACCGUCCGAUUGUUACAGAGAGGUAUACAACGUUACACGCACAGAUGGCUGCAAUUCCAUGGCAAAUUGUAUCCGACAAACGAUCGAAUUCAACGUCGCGUUACAUUAAAUCCACCGAGUAAUCGCUAAAUGCGGUAAACGUUAUAAUUAGAAAACAGAUCCGAUUGGUGAUCGAUUAAUUCUCUUUUCAUUCGAUCGUAAAAGUGGUUCGAAGUUUCGGUGAACGAAGUGGUGAUUGGGUACGCAGGUCUCGAAGUGGGCCGGUCGACCCCGAGGCUAUAGGCCAGAGUUUGAUACGGCGGCCGUUAGAGGAGAGCGUGCUGACGCCGAGGAUCGAAGAAGAAAGUAACGAUCGCCUCGCAAGGAUGACUCAUUCGUUCUUCUUUUGAAUGAAAUCGCUUUGACCGGACCUACGCGUCUGACCAAGGAUCAGAGAUAAGAAAAAGAUCAUUUCGGGUCGGCGAUCAAACGUCGAAUUCGAGCAUGCGAGACGUCGCGAGGGGACGGAAAGGUUAAAGGGGAAGGUCGAAUGAAUUGAAGGAAGUCGAUUCAGAAUCGAAAGGAAAGAAAAGACAGACAGAUACAUUGAAGAGGAACAAGACGAAGAGAUCGAGAUGAGUAGAAGGACGGUUCCGGCUGGGUUGAACUCGUGCGAGAGGAUAAGACCGGAACGACCGAGGAAUCCCAUCCAGAGACUCGUCUGGGCUCCCGGUUCUCAAUUUCAAGUCGGCCAGAUCGGGUUGCUCGAGGACGAGGGCUCGAAUCCGCGGAUGGCUUUGAGAAGGCUGCUGAGAUUGUACGAAGGAAGACAAUAUCGCGAGGCGGCCGCGUUUCUGAUGAAGCUGCCUCGGUACACCUUGAAGGCGACUCUGCCGGACAUUCCAGUGGACCUGUUGAUCGAGACGCUCCCUCACAGCCUCUCAUUGCUGGAGGCUCUGUACUCGCGACUCCUCGAAUUGCACGUGAACGAUGCGAAGAUACUGAGGGUGGAACAGUUGCUGUGGAGGAUCGUCCACCUGAUCUCGACCAGCCAGGACCACUUCCGUCUGAGAAUCUGGUGCAAGCUGCUGGUAUCGCUGAACAGGUUGGCACCGAACGCAAAGGCUACUCUUCUGGCGAGGAAACGAGCCCUGGAGAGGGCCGUAGAGGGACUGGGCAAACACGGUCUGGUGGCGUCUUGUCAGAAUUCGGACAACGGCGGUGCGUCGAACUUGGCCCCUUUGCCGGUCGCCUUGAAGGAGCAGCUCGAGAACAGGAUCGAAGCGUACAAACUGGCCGUGCACAAGAUAGAGAGCUUCGGGAAGCAUGCCAGAGCUCACAAAGCGGAUCAAGGCGUACAGGCCGCUUCACACCAGAGGCAACUUUCGCUGAAAUACAGCGAGAUCCAGCAGCGGCUGAUCGAUAACCAAAGCCUGCUGAACACCCUGGAGAAAGCCGGCGACCCGAGCAGCUUAGAAACUUUGUUAUCCGAGCUGAAACGCAGGGUCGAACAGGACAAGGAGGCUCUCAGACAAUGGACGGCCUUAAGAAGAUCCAGCAUCGCUGGGAACGCGAAAAAUCCACCCCUGGCUGCCAGACUCCUUCAAUUCUCCAGGGGCUGCGAGCUCGCGUUGCAAUUGAUGACCCAGGACAACGUACAGGCGUUCGAGCCGGGAGAGAAUCUCGACUACGAGGAGGAGUCCAGCAGCAGCGCCGGGUACCACACGGACGAGAGCUGCAGCCCGACGCCGGAGCCGGUGGUGAGAAACGGCGGCGGUCCGAAUAUAACGGAAGGUAGUUUCUUAAAUUCAACGUCCGACGUAACCGCGGGACGACUGGCCGAAAGGUACGCGGCUCUCUACGGCCAGGCGCAUUUGCAUACUUUGGACGCUCUGGACGCCAUGGAACCCCUGAAGGAUGCGGCCGACCUGAAAGCCAGGAUCCUCUAUUCAGUGGUCGUGCUGUCGUGGCGCCUAGCAGGGAUGGUCCAGACGUCGAGGUAUCUGGAGGCGGUGAGGAUUCUGAACGGUACCGCGUCGAGCACGGUGCAGACGACACCGGAGCUGGAGGAAUGCGUGAAGCGGCAGUUGGCGACUUCCGGCGCGCGAACCGGUUCUCAGGAGGUCGCGGAACAGGUGGUCAGCCAGCUGGAGAGAACGCUGUACGACUUUCCGUGUCUGCGAGGAUGCGCCGAGGUGAGGAGGUACGCCGAUGCCUGCUCCAGUUUGGCCUGGGCCUGUCUGGCGCGUGCCACGCCGUUGGUCCUCGACGUGGCGCAGGCCCUCGAGUUCAGACGGGACAUCCACCUCAGGCACCACGCCUCCCCGAACCCGAACGGAAUCAGAAUAAAGACCGUCCUGUGGCCUGGCUUGAGGGAGGGCUGUCAGGGACCUUGCCUUCACCGAGCGAUCGUCCUCACCUCUUGAUCCACUCCCAGAAUCCCUGGCAACGUUAAAGAAAUCCUGACGAGUGAGCACGGAUAUAAUUAUCCCGGGGCGGAUGGCAAGUCGUAGCCGUGCCACUUGAUGGACCACCGCGGUAACGUUUUAAUGAUUCCAUUUUACGCGAGAGUAGAAUAGGCGGAAGUAAAUGGACGCGAGGAGAGUGGCUACGCCGUUGGCUGCUCCAAUUUCCACGCGUGCCUCGUCGCAGUCUUGGAUUUCCCAAGGGGAACUGGAAUUACAUUUAUCCGCCGUCUUGUGUAACAGAAACGCGUCGCACUCUUUACCGCGUCGCGAGAGAUAGGUUUUAACGCUGGCGCCGCGAUGAGAUUCUUUAAUGCGCGCAUUAACAUUCAAUCUCAAAGAAAUCCGAGUUGUUUCCAUAAGCGUGGGAAACACGAGACGAACGUCAAAGCUUAGAAAAUUACGCACAGUUUCACGUUUCAUUCUGUCGUAGUGGAAAAACUUCGGGCACGUAGACGUGCGAUUGAAAUUGGACGAUUGGUUCGUGGCCGAAGUUUGCGCGUAACUUUUCGCGGAACAGAUGCUGCACUUCCAAGUGAAAGUUCGUAUUAGAGAUCCGAUAGCUGCAGAUGCGGCUCGGAAAUGUUCGACGUAUCGGUGCACCGGUAGCGGGCGAAUCGCCGCCAGUGUCGUCACUCUCGGGAACUCGGAAUUCCAAGCACGAACCACGACACGUCCCCUUGUCCUCGAUUUAAUACGGAGUAGAGAAAGACUCGAGAAAAAUAGUCUUCACCGACUGGCGGGGAACUCGAUUUUUUCGUCGGAGUAAUAAGAUCAUUUGCACUCCUUAAAUACGACGAUGAAUCAUGCCGUUAUCUAAAGUGGAUUCAUCCCCUUGAACGUUGUUUAGCCUCGAGCAGCAUCGAGACCGACCCCUGGUCCAUCCCUCGUCUCCGUAGAUUAAUUUCUCACUUUCAAAGCCAAAUUGAGGUGAGACGCGUCGACGAGAUCGAAUGUGUGCAAAAAUAAU